AUAAUUAGUUUUGAGAAAGAUCCCUGACUUCUCUUCUAGAUUACUUGUCCGUAUAAAACGACAAAACUAGCUUUUGAAAAACCAUGAGCUGUCGCGUCAGCCAAGCGACUAUCCGAGGGACUGGUAAGCGUGCUUUGGGGGCCAUUGGAGGAGAUAGGAAGAGGGAAGAAGAGACAGAGAUGACACGGAACCAUUUCUACAAGAAGGUGCUGCCAUUCACGGCCAUGAUUACUGUGGAGUGCACUAAUGUAGGCAAAACCACUCUAUUCAAAGCAGCCACUUUGAAGGGGAUGAGCUACUAUGUCUUCGUCACCUAUACUUAUGCAAUUGCCGCACUUCUUAUCUUCCCUUUACUCUUCAUCUUCCCCAGGUUUUUAUCUCAAAUAUGUGGAUAUAAAGGCAUAGAAUAUAGCUCGCCGACUCUUGCGUCUGCCCUCAGCAACCUCAACCCUGCUUUCACUUUCAUUCUUGCCAUUAUUUCAGACCAAUGUUAUGAAGAUCUACCCAGCAGAGCUCACUGUAGUCUUCUUCUACAACUUAUGUGCAACCUUUGUAUAACUACCACUAUGCCUACUAGCAGAAUCAAACUUGAGUUCCUGGAGAUUAAGACCAAGUGUAGCAGUUGUUGCAGUCAUUUACUAGGGUUUGCUUCAUCCUUCAGAAAUUUUGUGCAUACAUGGGGCUUACACAAAAGGGGGCCUGUCUACAUAGCGGUUUUCAAGCCAGUUUCAAUUGCUAUUGCAGCAAUCAUAGGCUCCAUUUUUCUUGGCGAAGCAUUGCAUCUUGGGACUGUGAUUGGAGCAACAAUACUAUUUCUUGGGUUUUAUGCUGUGAUUUGGGGGAAAGCAAGAGAAGAAAGAAUUGAUGACUCUGGAUUUAGGGGCUUGGCACCGUUGUCCCAUGAACAGAGGAGAAGGGAGUCAGAGACAGAGAUGGAAGGGAAUUAUUUCUACAAGGAAGUGCUGCCAUUCACUGCCAUGGUUAUGGUGGAGUGCGCCGUUGUAGGCUUAAACAUUCUAUUUAAAGCUGCUAAUUUGAAGGGGAUGAGUUACUAUGUCUUCAUCCCCUAUGCUUGUGCAACUGCCACACUUCUUCUUUUCCCUUUACUUUUCAUCUUCCCCAGGUUUUUAUCCUUAAUAUGUGGCUAUCAAGGCAUACAAUAUAGCUCGCCGACUCUUGCUUCUGCCAUGAGCAACCUCACCCCUGUUUUCACUUUCAUUCUUGCCAUCAUUUUCAGAAUGGAAAGAGUAGUACUGAGAAGCACAAUUUCUCAGGCAAAAAUCACUGGGACUAUAGUCUCAAUAUCAGGUGCCUUAGUGAUUGUUCUCUACAAGGGCCCAACAGUUUUUCCCUCUGCAUCAUCUGUUUCACUACAAUUGUCUCUGGGGUCAUCAGAAUCAAAUUGGAUCAUUGGUGGACUCUUGCUUUCUCUUGAGUAUCUUUUUGUUUCCAUCUGGUACAUAGUUCAGACUAGUCUUAUGAAGAUGUAUCCGGCAGAGCUCAAUGUUGUCUUCUUCUAUAACUUGUGUACAAACCUUAUAUCACUACCGGUAUGCCUACUAGCAGAAUCAGACCUGAGUUCCUGGAGACUAGAACCAAGUGUCGCAGUUGUUGCAGUCAUAUACUCGGGCUUUGCUACAUCCUUCAGCAAUUUUGUGCAUACAUGGGGAGUGCACAUAAAGGGGCCUGUCUACGUAGCAGUUUUCAAGCCAUUUUCAAUUGCAAUCGCGGCUUUCAUGAGCACCAUUUUUCUUGGCGAACCAUUGUACCUUGGAAGUGUGAUUGGAGCAACAAUCCUGUUUAUUGGGUUUUAUGCUGUGAUGUGGGGAAAAGCAAAGGAAGAAGCAAUGAUAGACAACUCUAACUUAGUAACCUCAUCAGAAGAUCAGUUACCUUCGUUACAAAGCAAUGAGGUUGAAGAUAGCAGAAAAAUCAAUGCAAGAAAAUAGCAAGAACCUGAUACUAAUAUAGAGUUUAAGUGUGU